AUGCUUGUUACUCCAUCUCCUUUAUUAGUUGUUCAUCAUAAACAUCAAAAUUUUGAUGAUCAACUAUACCAUUUAGAAUACGCUUUGGCAAAUAAUGCAUCUGAUAUAAAUAAUUCACCAAAAUCACAACUAUUUACAGAUUUAGCAUUUUUAUGUUUAAAUGAAGAUAACCAAAAUGCAAAAAAGUCAUCACUUCGAGCAUCGAUAUUCCUUUCAUUGCUUACUGACUUAGAAAGUCCUGAUAUUCCUUUGUUUUUGGGAAUAUUAGCACUCUCAACUAACGAUUCAUAUACUGCAAGACAUUGGCUUCAGAAAUCUGCAAGCCUCGGAAAUAAAAAUGCAAUGGUUUUACUUGGUAGAUUAACAAUGGGAGCUUUUAAUACAGCUCCACUCCCUGAUUUUGACGACCGCCCCAUUUUAACAGCAAUCCGUUGGUUUAUUAGAGCAAUUCGCAGCGGAUCUGUUGUUGCAAAUUACUAUUUAGGCGAAUUAUAUUUUCAACAUAAUGAUUAUCGACGCGCACUUAUUUAUUUUAAUACAUAUUUCGCAAAAACUAAGUCCGUCUUAGCUGCUGGUUUUAUUGCAGUUUCUCUACAAAAUCUUGGUCAAACACAAUUGUCAAUUAAAUGGCACAGAUGGUGUGCAUCACAAGGAUUACAAGCAUCAGCGAACUCUUUACUAGUAAUAUAUAGAAGUGGAAACUAUGUUGUGUCAUUUUUCCAAUGGCUAUCAGUUGCAACAAGAUAUAGUUUCUUAAAAGAGAAAAAAUACUUCUUUUCACCACUUCUUAAAGCAACUCUCACAGAUAAAAUCGAAUUUCCUCAACUUUCUGCUGCAAUUUCUUUAUUAUCUUUUUCAGAGCCAUAUAAACAAGCAUCGCAAUUUUUACCAGCACAGCCAUCAGUAGAAUUCAGACCAAUCCUCAAUGAAAGCGAAAUUGUUGCUGUUUCAAAAUCAGAUAAUCCAGGACUUUGUCCAGCCACUCGUUUGCCAUCAAUUCCAGCCACAACACCAACACAGCUUCUCCUUAAAGCCUUUGAUCUUGCAAAUCCUUACUUCGAAAAGAGAAACCUCGCAAUGUGUAAGUCAAUUUUGCAGCAUUUGCAGAAUCUCAAACCACGAGGUAUCUGCGAGAGCCAUUUGUUCAGAGCCAAAUGCAAAUCUCAGUCUGCAAAUGAUCUUUGCACUGCAGCUUUGAUUGCUUUAGUUCUUGAAGACGCUGCUUACGCUUUGGAGCUCUUUGGAAAGGCAGCAAUACUCGGAAGUGAAACAGCAAACUUAUUUAUUGGUUUAAUAUUAUUCCAUGGCUUAGUAAAUACAGAAAGAACUGAAUCCGGAGUAAUUUAUCUCUCAAGAUGUCCACUUGAACCUGUUGCCCUUCUUCACCUUGCUGUAAUAUACAAUGACAAAGUGUGGGCAAGAAGAGCUGCUCAAAGUUUAGGUUCUACUGAAGAAAGUGGAGAAAUGCACGAAUACGUGGGCGAUUUGUUCGCGAAUGGAAUCAAAUUCCCUAAGGAUGGCAAGGUCGCAAUGAUGUGGUAUGGAAUUGCCCUCCAGAAAUACGAAGAAUUCGGAUUAGAUACAAAUAAUAUUUUGCAGAAAAUGGCUCAGCAUGCUUACAACUCUAGGUCGUCAUUUAAGUGA